AAGCUUCAAGCAUGGUUAUAUUCAACUUGAAGCUCGAUGUCUCCACUGAAGCCACUGGUCCAAUCACCAUGUGGCGGCGAGAUAUGGUAUGUCUUCUGGAAUCGGUAACAUGAAACCUCGACACAAGUAUCCAUGGGUGCAAAUACGACUUUGAAGAACGAACAUCCGUUUUGGGAAGGGCAACAUUCUUGCCGGCGCUAAUACAUCUUCGCUUCGUGCCUCGAGCCUCGAGGAGUAACUUGGGGUUGUAGAGCAAUCAGGCUCCUUUCGUUGUAUGAUUCCUUUCAUUGAUACGUGUCGUAAUUGUUGACUGAAUGCGAUAUACUAUCUUUCAAGGUCUCUAGGAAUUACUAACCGUUUAGAUCAGCACAACGUCGUUGGUACUUACACGGAAUCCCUGACUUUAAAUUGACAUGGCUGUAUCCGACUCUCAACCUUCGAGUAGAGGCUUGCCUCCUCUACUGAAUUCUCCAACCAAGAACAGUCCCGAUUUGAGGGCAAAUCCACAUCCGUAUGCCAUCAGGACAACAUCCACUGCGCUUCUUACUCGUUCUAAUUCAACCGGUUACAAUACCAAUGCUACGCGUCAUUACUACAUACCCACUUCACCAAGCCCUAGAUACGAGAAUGGACGCACUCAUCGCUUUGCCAAGUCGCAGCCCUCGAACAUGAGUACAGACCAGAAAGCACCGCGUCCACUCCCGGUACCACCUCCUUUUCCCAGCGCCGUUGCUUUGAAUGGUUAUACCAGUGCCGACGAGCAAUUAGUAGCUCCUCGUCGAACCAAACGUGCAGAUACCUUACCUUCUUUUCCAGCACCGUAUACCCCUGCUACGGUUUCGGUGACUCUGGAUGAUCUUCCGUCUAAUCCUAAACUUUGGUCUCCUUCUCAGUUGUCCUCUUACUUGGUAACUGCUCUUCGAGUGACGUCUACCAGUAAGUCCGAAGAAAUCGCACCAAUUUCCCUACCUGCUCGAGUCGCGAUUGAUAUCGCGACAUUUGUUCGAGAUGCACGAAUGACCGGACGGACUUUCUUGCGUCUAAAUGAGGAAGAUCUUGACGUUAUGAACGUCAACAAGAAAUGGCGAGAAGCACUUCUGAUCGCCUCGCGAAACCUUCGGCAGAACGUCCUGAAGGGUAGGAUCUGGGGUGCAGAUGCAGACGGCCCGUCUUCCCCUAGAUCCACUUCACCCAUUAUGCCAGCCCAUCCUUUCUCAAAUAUGCUUUACAACUCUUCGUCAAGCUCCGUUGACCUCUCGUUGAAAGACGAAGAUGAAGCGAAGCGUCCAAAGCGUUACCGCAACGGAAGAGUCCGAGGUAUGGUAGACAGCCUUGAGAGAAGCGGAAGUUUCAGCUCCGAGAGUAGUUGCGACGAAGGUAGCGGACGUCCGACUUUUGGCCGAUGGGUCCAAGAGGAUGGACCUAUCCAGGAAGAAGUCGUUUGGAGCCCCACUGCUGUGACACAUAGUCCACUUCCUGACACUGGCUUCCCUGCACCCCCUUCUGCAAUUCGCGAAGAACCAUCCAUCGAAGACUUGCUUGCUUCCGAAGCUCAAGGCGCCUCUGGUCAUACAUGGGGUGCCCGGGCUUGGGAAGAGAUGGAUAUGGAGGCUGGAGUGACUGUGAAGCCAGUCAGAGAUGGAUCUGGCGGUUCAGAUAACUCUUUGACCUCAAUAUCACGACCUAGCCAUGAGACUUUCCUGACCUUGGGAAAACGCAGCGGUAAAGUCAAUUCUAAAGGCAAGGGUAAAGAGGAAAGGCGCGUUAUCACAGCCAUUUUCCAACCUUCCAUGACGGACACCGGUUCAGAGAUUACCCAUGACAGCCACGUAGCGACCAGGAUCGAAGAACACGCACAGACCGAUGGAGACACGGAUAUGAGUCUGUCUAAGACCCUCGAGGCUAUAGAGCAAACGCUAUUCACGCAAGUGGCCGAGAAUCGUGCUUUAUUGGAACGAUUCCGCGGUCGACUGGAAAUCGUGGAGAAGAAAGUUGCCGUAUUGGAAGAGCAAGAAGCUCAAUGGCAGAAAGACCAAGAACUUCGGCGAGCAGCUCUAGUUGCGGACGAAGACACGGCAAGUAACGGCUCUUUUGCGCCACUUCACACGGACAAGGCGGUUGGCGAAGAUAUUAUACCUUCACUCCUAUCUCAGGCAGCAUCGUUGAUUCCUGGUAUCAUCUCUUCUCCUUCCCCCACGUCUUCCUCCGCUACGAAAUAUCCUCCCGAGGAUAAUUUCCCGACAACUCUCGAUGAUAAUGAUGAGGAUGAGGAUGAAGAGGAACCGUCCUCAUUGUUAGAACUGCCUUCGUAUGUCUUGCUAGUUGGUCUUGGAGUAUGUGCAGUCGUACUACGCAUCAUGUUUCGAAAGGUUGGCCCGAAAACCUCACUUACUUGGAAACAGUAAACGUGCCGGACAGUCAGCUCCCUCUUACAUGGGUUUCAAAGCCUUCACAUUCUUUCAUGUGGAUAGUUUCUUUUGGUCUGAAUUCUUAUUCUUACGACUAGUUACGACCUCCUAACGACUCCUCUUGACGACCUUUCACGAGUUCAGUAUAUAUACUUAUGUAUGUUUCCGGUGCUUCAUCGUCUUGCAUUCUUCGAUUAUCUUUGUGUUCUAACAACCCGCUGCAAUAAAUCCACCCAACUGUCCGCAUUAUUCUUGAUAUCUAUAGCAGAGCCGCGAAACAAUUGACAGAGAGCUACAGU